CGUGAUAAUUUGUUGAUCAACAUGGCGACUACUACAAUAAUAAACAUCUGAGAAUUUUAUAAAUAUACAUAGCAGGCCUAUAAUAACCUAUUAAUAUGAUUUGUAAUGUAUGAGCUGAAACUCUGUAAAUUGAAUUCAAACUACGCAAACUACAUUUUCUCAAUUAGCCAGCAAGGCGGGAGGUAAACAAUGUGUUUGACUAGCUUAAACUAGUCUUCUAACCAAGCAUGUCAGUCUGGAAACGGUUGCAGCGUGUUGGUAAAUCUGCCUCUAAGUUUCAGUUCACAGCAUCCUACCAUGAGUUGGCUGUUGAGUGCUCAAAAAAAUGGCAGCCCAACAAGUUGUGUGUAGUCUGGACUAGGAGAAGCAGAAGGCGCUCCACACAGCCCUACAAGUGGGAACCAACCAUACAAAACCCUUACUUGGGCCUGGUGACAUGGGAGGUUCCAGAGAACAUAGAGAUCACCGUCACCUUGUUCAGAGACUCACGCCAGCACCAGUACGAGGACAAGGACUGGACAUUCACUAUUGAAGAUCAUUCUAAAGGCAGCCGCAAGGUUUUAGCAUCAAGGAGCAUCAACAUGAAGGACUAUGCUAGUCAGAUCCCCACCCAGACCAGCCUGAAGCUCAAGCUGAAACCUGUCAGCAAGAAGGUGGUGGCAGCUGUCUUAGAGCUCACGCUGUCAUGUGUCUUUCUGCGGGAGGGUAAAGCUACGGAUGAAGACAUGCAAAGUGUGGCUAGUCUAAUGAGCAUGGGGAAAACAGAUAUUGGCAAUCUGGAGGACCUGGAAGAAGAAGAUGAAAGUGGUCUCCCAGGUGAUGUUAGCUUGUCCACGCGUCACCAGAUUAAUGACAUCACCUUGCAGAUGUCCAGGCUGGAUGCACAUUUUGGUAAUCCCUUUGAUGAGCAAGAGGAAGAGCAUGAUCACCUCAAUCCAUUUGCUGACGAGGAUGAUACCAACAAGCCAGCUGGGAACCCAUUUGAUGAGCAGGACGACGACAUUGGUGCUGCCUUCCAGGCCUACAAGGAAACACAAUCUCCACCAAAAGCUUCAGCUGAAGGGGUCCCUGUGAUACUGGACAUUAAAUCCUCUACAGCACACAAACAGUCACCAGAAAAAGAGUCACCAAGAAAGGAGUCACCCGACAAAGAGUCACCAAGAAAGGAGUCACCUGAUAAGGAGUCACCCGACAAAGUGUCGCCAAGAAAGGAGUCACCUGAUAAGGAGUCACCAAGAAAGGAGUCGCCGCCUAAGCGUGCCAAGUCAAGCACCCUCCCUGUGAUGUCCAAGCCUGCCCCCAGUGAAGGGAAAGAAAAGAAACUGAGCCUGAGACUGCCCAGCUCCCAGUCUCCAGCUGGACGACCCCUGUAUGAGGGCACCCCCCCAACCAUGAGACUGCCCAGCUCACAGUCUCCAGCAGGACGACCCCUGUAUGAGGGCACCCCACCAACCACCCCAGAUGAGGACAGGCCCCUGGUUGUCAGGGCCAUAACUCCACCUGUUGAGGACAGGAGUGACAAGGAAAAAGCUUUAUACAGUCCCAAGUCCCCAGUACUGCCUGAAUCUCCCACCAGUGCUGGUAACCCACAUGAUGACCUGCUGACCUGGUGCAGGCUGGUCACUGACGGCUACAGGGGGGUCAAGAUCACCAAUUUAACCACCUCAUGGAGAAAUGGGCUAGCUUUUUGUGCAAUCAUCCAUCAUUUCAGACCAGACCUCAUAGACUUCCAUAAACUCAACCCACAUGAUAUUAAGGGCAACAAUAAAAUGGCCUUUGAUUCAGCUGCCAAGCUGGGUAUUCCCAAAGUGCUGGAGCCAGCUGAUAUGGUGCUACUUGCUGUGCCAGACAAGCUCUGUGUGAUGACUUACCUGCAUCAGCUCAGGUCCUACUUCACUGGGCAGACAUUGGAGCUUCAGCAGAUUGGCCCCAGCUCCAGCCAGAGCACCUACACUCUAGGUGAACAUGAUGAGGAGGAUGAACAAAGAGUUUCCAUGGAGAUGUAUGGGCGUAGUUCACCUAGCAGGAACCUUUCUACCUCAUCCUCUUCUUCUUUUUCAUCCAAACUCAAGAAAUCCAUUUCUUCAGACGAGUCGUCUUUAUCACAGACACCAACCCAGCCUAGUCCUUCGCCUCAGGGACAACCUCACCAGCCGGAGGUGACCCACCCUCCUCACACCAGUCAUCUGAUGUCCCCUCACACCCAGACAACCCAGUUGUCCAACCCUCCUGUCCAGGGUCAGCAAGAAGUGCCCAGCAAGAAAGUCCGGGCUCCAGACAUUCCUGCAGCAGUGCCACAGAUAGGAAAUGGAGCUCAUUAUGAAAAGAAAAAAAGACGAGCUCCCAGCCCGCCUGUGCAACACCAGUCUUUGAACCCAUUUGGUGAUGAAGCUGAGAGUCCUACGGCCACACAUUCUGAACUGAAAGAACGAGCCAGAAAGUUGCUGGAGAAGGCACAGAGAGAAAUGGCAAGUAGUGCUCCAGCCGAGGGCCAGGAUGAUGAAAAACAAAAAAGAUUGCGUGAGCAAGCAAAGAAAUUAAUAGCAGAAACAAGAGCCAAUGAAAAUUUGCCAGAGCAGCCUAAGAUUCAGCCAAUCUCUUCCAAACCCACAGUGUCCGUGAAGACUGUGAAGAUUGGAGCCAGGUUACCUGUCUCAGAUUUCCAGACCAGCCUGAAAAGUGGGAAACAGGGAGAACAACCCCAGCUGAAAAAGUUGUCUUUAGCCACUCCAAAGUUGUCUAACUUGCCUCCAGUUAUUGUUCAGGAGAAAGAAGCCAUUGGGGAUGUUGACAGUCUAGCAAGUGAUGAGGAUAUUGACUUAGAGCUACCAGAUGAGCCAAGAGUCUUAGAACUGAACUUACAAGACACCAACCAGUAUGUGAAGAGUGAGCUGGACUCCCUGGAGCACGAACAGCUGCAGAUUGAUGCUGAGGCUUCACAGCUAGAGAUGAGGUUAAGGAAAGUUAUGGAGAAAGGUAAAAACAAGGCGUUGGAAGAAAAACUGAUGCAGGAGUGGUUUCAGCUGGUCAACAAGAAAAAUGCUCUGAUCAGGCGACAGAUGCAGCUCAAUAUACUAGAGAAGGAAGACGAUCUUGAAAGGCGAUUCGAGUUGCUGAAUAGAGAGCUGAGAGCUAUGAUGGCCAUAGAAGACUGGCAGAAAACAGAAGCACAGAAGCGCAGAGAGCGGCUACUGCUUGAUGAGUUGGUAACGGUGGUUAAUAAAAGAGACGAACUUGUUCAGCAUCUGGAUUCUCAGGAACGGGCGAUUGAAGAUGACGAAAUUUUGGACCAGAAAAUUUCCUCUGGUCUUCUCACCCUCAAGGACGAUGAUAAAAGCUGCAGUGUACAGUAAAUGGUGGACCACAGCAGGCUGUAUGGUGGACCACAGCAGGCUGUACAGUGGACCACAGCAGGCUGUACAGUAAAUGGUGGACCACAGCAGGCUGUACAGUAAAUGGCGGACCACAGCAGGCUGUACAGUAAAUGAUGGACCACAGCAGGCUGUACAGUAAAUGGUGGACCACAGCAGGCUGUACAGUAAAUGGUGGACCACAGCAGGCUGUACAGUAAAUGGUGGACCACAGCAGGCUGUAUGGUGGACCACAGCAGGCUGUACAGUAAAUGAUGGACCACAGCAGGCUGUACAGUAAAUGGUGGACCACAGCAGGCUGUACAGUAAAUGGUGGACCACAGCAGGCUGUACAGUAAAUGGUGGACCACAGCAGGCUGUAUGGUGGACCACAGCAGGCUGUACAGUAAAUGGUGGACCACAGCAGGCUGUACAGUAAAUGGUGGACCACAGCAGGCUGUACAGUAAAUGGUGGACCACAGCAGGCUGUACAGUAAAUGGUGGACCACAGCAGGCUGUACAGUAAAUGGUGGACCACAGCAGGCUGUAUGGUGGACCACAGCAGGCUGUAUGGUGGACCACAGCAGGCUGUACAGUAAAUGGUGGACCACAGCAGGCUGUAUGGUGGACCACAGCAGGCUGUAUGGUGGACCACAGCAGGCUGUACAGUAAAUGGUGGACCACAGCAGGCUGUACAGUAAAUGGUGGACCACAGCAGGCUGUAUGGUGGACCACAGCAGGCUGUAUGGUGGACCACAGCAAGCUGUAUGGUGGACCACAGCAGGCUGUACAGUAAAUGGUGGACCACAGCAGGCUGUACAGUAAAUGGUGGACCACAGCAGGCUGUAUGGUGGACCACAGCAGGCUGUAUGGUGGACCACAGCAGGCUGUAUGGUGGACCACAGCAGGCUGUAUGGUGGACCACAGCAGGCUGUACAGUAAAUGGUGGACCACAGCAGGCUGUACAGUAAAUGGUGGACCACAGCAGGCUGUACAUUAAAUGGUGGACCACAGCAGGCUGUACAGUAAAUGGUGGACCACAGCAGGCUGUUGCAAAUAUCUUUAAAUGUACCACAAUGGUACAUGACUUGUCUGUGUGAUGGCGAUGUAGCAUUUCCUAUUUAUGAACGUUUGUAUGGCUUAAUAUUGUUGGGCUGAAAGCUUUGAGCUUGAUAGAGGUAAUGAGAGGUUUUGGUUCACUUGGUCAGGUGACUUGUUUCUGUAAAGCUGGUUGGUCAGUUGAUUUGUGUCUGUAAUGUUGGUUGGUCAGUUGAUUUGUGUCUGUAAUGUUGGUUGGUCAGUUGAUUUGUAUCUGUAAUGCUGGUUGGUCAGUUGAUUUGUGUCUGUAAUGUUGGUUGGUCAGUUGAUUUGUGUCUGUAAUGUUGGUUGGUCAGUUGAUUUGUGUCUGUAAUGUUGGUUGGUCAGUUGAUUUGUAUCUGUAAUGUUGGUUGGUCAGUUGAUUUGUGUCUGUAAUGUUGGUUGGUCAGUUGAUUUGUAUCUGUAAUGUUGGUUGGUCAGUUGAUUUGUGUCUGUAAUGUUGGUUGGUCAGUUGAUUUGUAUCUGUAAUGUUGGUUGGUCAGUUGAUUUGUGUCUGUAAUGCUGGUUGGUCAGUUGGUUUUAAUGCUCGCCUACUUGGUGUAAAAGCUUUGUUUUUGUGUGAAAUUAUCUUACACUCCAAUUUUUUCCCAGUUUGUCUGGGCGUUGCCAAGGUUUACUCCUGUUGUCUUUUAUUGCUGACCAUCAAUAAUAAUUAGACUAGCAUAUAGGUGACCAUCAUAGCUGGUGGACUUUAGGCUAGCCUAUGGCUGACCAUCUGGUGGACCUUAGGCUAGCCUGUGGCUGACCAUCUGGUGGACCUUAGGCUAGCCUGUGGCUGACCAUCUGGUGGACCUUAGGCUAGCCUGUGGCUGACCAUCUGGUGGACCUAUGGCUGACCAUCUGGUGGACCUAUGGCUGACCAUCUGGUGGACCUAUGGCUGACCAUCUGGUGGACCUUAGGCUAGCCUAUGGCUGACCAUCUGGUGGACCUGUGGCUGACCAUCUGGUGGACCUUAGGCUAGCCUGUGGCUGACCAUCUGGUGGACCUUAGGCUAGCCUGUGGCUGACCAUCUGGUGGACCUGUGGCUGACCAUCUGGUGGACCUUAGGCUAGCCUGUGGCUGACCAUCUGGUGGACCUGUGGCUGACCAUCUGGUGGACCUUAGGCUAGCCUGUGGCUGACCAUCUGGUGGACCUAUGGCUGACCAUCUGGUGGACCUAUGGCUGACCAUCUGGUGGACCUAUGGCUGACCAUCUGGUGGACCUUAGGCUAGCCUAUGGCUGACCAUCUGGUGGACCUGUGGCUGACCAUCUGGUGGACCUUAGGCUAGCCUGUGGCUGACCAUCUGGUGGACCUUAGGCUAGCCUGUGGCUGACCAUCUGGUGGACCUGUGGCUGACCAUCUGGUGGACCUUAGGCUAGCCUGUGGCUGACCAUCUGGUGGACCUUAGGCUAGCCUGUGGCUGACCAUCUGGUGGACCUGUGGCUGACCAUCUGGUGGACCUUAGGCUAGCCUGUGGCUGACCAUCUGGUGGACCUAUGGCUGACCAUCUGGUGGACCUAUGGCUGACCAUCUGGUGGACCUAUGGCUGACCAUCUGGUGGACCUAUGGCUGACCAUCUGGUGGACCUAUGGCUGACCAUCUGGUGGACCUUAGGCUAGCCUGUGGCUGACCAUCUGGUGGACCUAAGGCUAGCCUGUGGCUGCUAUCCAGCUUCCAGCGUGUUCUAAUUGUGGUGCCUUUGUUUCUGUGAGUCUGGCCUGUAAGGCUUUGUUUAUUUGUGCAAUUGUGUGCCCUCAGCACUCCCAGCUCUAUUCAUGUGAUAUUAUUGUAAAUAGACUGCUUGAUGUCAACUAUUUGGAUGCAGUGUAAUGUCGUUGCCAUGUCAUGUAUACAGAUUUCAGCCAUAUUCGGGAUCUUCUUUGUUGUUUUACAUUAGUCAGCUGUUUUAUUUCAUGGUGUUGCCUGUCUUUUAUGGUAACUCACUUUCAGUUGAUUGCAAUACAUUGUUUUUCUUUCUUCUAGCAGCAGUGUUUCAUCUAUAAAUUCCACCCAUAACCCCCCUUUCCCGAGGGAAAAAAUUUCCAAGUAGAUGAGAACUCUCUUGGUGCCAGGCAUGAAGGCUUCCAGCCUCAAACUUACUCGUCACACCAUCAUAGCUGCAACACACAAUCAUUUCUUACAGUGAGCCUUGCCUCUUUAAAUAGCUGCAACACACAAUCAUUUCUUACAGUGAGCUUUGCCUCUUUAAAUAGCUGCAACACACAGUCAUUUCUUACAGUGAGCUUUGCCUCUUUAAAUAGCUGCAACACACAAUCAUUUCUUACAGUGAGCUUUGCCUCUUUAAAUAGCUACAACACACAAUCAUUUCUUACAGUGAGCCUUGCCUCUUUAAAUAGCUGCAACACACAAUCAUAUCUUACAGUGAGCUUUGCGUCUUUAAAUAGCUGCAACACACAAUCAUUUCUUUCAGUGAGCUUUGCCUCUUUUAGAAUUCUUUCCCAUCUCCCUGCUAUGGGCUACUGUUGUUUAUAGUGUUUAGUGUGCUACAUGUAGCCAGACACCACUGUGUGCUACAUGUAGCCAGACACCACUGUGUGCUACAUGUAGCCAGACACCACUGUGUGCUACAUGUAGCCAGACACCACUGUGUGCUACAUGUAGCCAGACACCACUGUGUGCUACAUGUAGCCAGACUGUGCUACAUGUAGCCAGACACCACUGUGUGCUACAUGUAGCCAGACUGUGCUACAUGUAGCCAGAUCCCACUGUGUGCUACAUGUAGCCAGACUGUGCUACAUGUAGCCAGUCACCACUGGGUGCUACAUGUAGCCAGACCCCACUGGGUACUACAUGUAACCAGACCCCACUGGGUGCUACAUGUAGCCAGACCCCACUGGGUGCUACAUGUAGCCAGACACCACUGUGUGCUACAUGUAGCCAGACACCACUGUGUGCUACAUGUAGCCAGACACCACUGUGUGCUACAUGUAGCCAGACCCCACUGUGUGCUACAUGUAGCCAGACACCACUGUGUGCUACAUGUAGCCAGACACCACUGUGUGCUACAUGUAGCCAGACACCACUGUGUGCUACAUGUAGCCAGACACCACUGUGUGCUACAUGUAGCCAGACCCCACUGGGUGCUACAUGUAGCCAGACACCACUGUGUGCUACAUGUAGCCAGACACCACUGUGUGCUACAUGUAGCCAGACCCCACUGGGUGCUACAUGUAGCCAGACUGUGCUACAUGUAGCCAGACACCACUGUGUGCUACAUGUAGCCAGACCCCACUGUGUGCUACAUGUAGCCAGACACCACUGUGUGCUACAUGUAGCCAGACUGUGCUACAUGUAGCCAGACCCCACUGUGUGCUACAUGUAGCCAGACACCACUGUGUGCUACAUGUAGCCAGACCCCACUGUGUGCUACAUGUAGCCAGACUGUGCUACAUGUAGCCAGACACCACUGUGUGCUACAUGUAGCCAGACACCACUGUGUGCUACAUGUAGCCAGACACCACUGUGUGCUACAUGUAGCCAGACACCACUGUGUGCUACAUGUAGCCAGACCCCACUGUGUGCUACAUGUAGCCAGACACCACUGUGUGCUACAUGUAGCCAGACUAUGCUACAUGUAGCCAGACACCACUGUGUGCUACAUGUAGCCAGACACCACUGUGUGCUACAUGUAGCCAGACACCACUGUGUGCUACAUGUAGCCAGACACCACUGUGUGCUACAUGUAGCCAGACCCCACUGUGUGCUACAUGUAGCCAGACUGUGCUACAUGUAGCCAGACACCACUGUGUGCUACAUGUAGCCAGACACCACUGUGUGCUACAUGUAGCCGGACGUUUGCCUCUGUGUGCAGCAACUUACUUUCUAUUUAUAGACACGCCUUGACGAUGUUGCUAAACUUUGUCCUGCUGGAUCACAUUUGUACUCAAUAAACUAUGUAUCGAUG